UCUCGAAAACAGCUGUUGUUUUGUUUAUAUUUUGUAACUUGGUUAUCUUUUCCGUCUAGAAAAAAACGUAUCUUUCCGGUUAUUCCGGAUGUAGUUUGAAUAAACACUAGCAGCUAAAGGUUUGUGGGAGACGUAACACCUAAUCAAAAAAUUAUGGGAACUCGCAAAAAGGGCUUGGAAUUCGCCAAACACAUAACCGAAAUUAUAACCAAAUCAACGGGAUUUGAAAAUCAGCUUAACAAGGUGAAGAUCUUGGGUGGCGGCGAUGGAACCUGCUGUGCCGAACUGAAAGUGGACCAGGAUCAUGUAAAUGUAAGCAAUUACCUGCACACCGGCUACAUAGUGACCCUGGUGGACAUGAUAACCACAUACGCCUUGAUGUCAAAGCCUUGUCAUCCUGGCGUUUCGGUAGAUAUCAGCGUGAAUUUCUUGAAGGGCGCUAAAUUGGGCGACGACAUAAUCAUUGAGGCAAAUCUCGCCAAGGCGGGCAAGAACCUGGCCGUCAUUGACUGCACGCUGAAGAAUAAGAAGGAUGACUCAGUGAUAGCCAAGGGCACUCAACUCAAAUACGUGAAUUUUGAAUAGGCAAUUAAUAUAAAGAGGCUGCACAAACACCAAUUUAAUUGGUUGAAAAUGGGGAUUAAUUCUCAAAACUGUUAAAUAAACUUGCUUGAGAAUCUAUUUAGUUAAACGAA